AUGUGCUACUAUGGCAGCUACUAUUGUGGCCUGGGCUAUGGCUAUGGUGGCCUAGGCUGUGGCUAUGGCUGUGACUAUGGCUAUGACAGCUCCGGGGGCUAUGGCUAUGGUGGCUAUGGUUAUGGCUGUUGCCACCCCCUCUGCUGUAGAAGAUACUGGUGCUAUGGCUUCUACUGAGGAGUUUCCACAGCUUCACAGCCUGUAGA